AUGGAUUCUGAUCAAAAAAGUAAUACAAGCGACUCGAAUUUUGAUGAUGAAAGCGAUUAUUAUGAUAGAAAUGAAAGUGAUCUUGAAAUAGAUGAAGAACUUACUAAUGGAAAUGGAAGUGAAGAAGAAGAUACCAUUGAAACUGAAGACGAAAAAGAAUUUAAGUGGAAUUGGGAUGGAAACUAUAGUCCAGAUACAAGUUUUACUUCAAAAGAAGUCAAAGGACACACCACUAUAACUCUUACCAAUGACAUUAGACCAAUUUAUAUCUUCAACAAAUUCUUUACACAAGAUGUUUUUGAUCUGAUAGUAAAACAAACAAACAUUUAUGGAAAACAAAAAUCUUUAGAACGGGAACCUGCAAGUAAUUGGCAAAAGGUGGACGAAAAAAUUAUUCGUUCUUUUCUUGGUAUAUUAAUAAUUAUGGGUUUACAUCGUUUACCUCGAAUAACUGAUUAUUGGACAACAGCACUCGACAGUGUUGAUCAAACAUUUGGAAUGCUACCAACAUCGAUUUUUGGUUGUGGCUCGGGGUGUCGAUUUAAAUUUAUUUUUAUUUAA